AUGUCACUACCAGCUACUUUUGACUUAACCCCAGAAGAUGCCCAACUAUUGUUGGCUGCUAACGCACACUUAGGUGCUAGAAACGUUCAAGUUCACCAAGAACCAUACGUUUUCGAAGCUAGACCAGAUGGUGUCCACGUCAUCAACGUCGGUAAGACUUGGGAAAAGAUUGUUCUAGCUGCUAGAAUUAUCGCUGCCAUUCCAAACCCAGAAGAUGUCGUUGCCAUCUCUUCCAGAACUUACGGUCAAAGAGCUGUCCUAAAGUACGCUGCCCACACUGGUGCUACUCCAAUUGCUGGUAGAUUCACUCCAGGUUCUUUCACUAACUACAUCACCCGUUCUUUCAAGGAACCAAGAUUAGUUAUUGUUACUGACCCAAGAUCUGAUGCCCAAGCUAUUAAGGAAGCUUCUUACGUUAACAUUCCAGUCAUUGCCCUAACUGACUUGGACUCCCCAUCUGAAUACGUUGAUGUUGCUAUCCCAUGUAACAACAGAGGUAAGCACUCCAUCGGUUUAAUCUGGUACCUAUUGGCCAGAGAAGUUCUAAGACUAAGAGGUGCUCUAGUUGACAGAACUCAACCAUGGUCCAUCAUGCCAGAUUUAUACUUCUUCAGAAACCCAGAAGAAGUUGAACUACAAAACACUGAAGAAGCUCUAGCUGAAGCUGUUGCCGAAGGUGAUGAACCAAAGGAAGAAGUCACUGAAGAAGCUACUGGUGCUUCCGAAUGGGCUGAAGAAAACACUGAUGCUGUUGAAUGGUAA